AUGGAUAAAGACGCCGCGCUCCUCGCAGGCUGGCGUGCGCUUCUGGGGCAGGCAGCGGGCUCCCGAAGUGUGCAGCUGCCCGGGACCAUGGCGGUGUUUGCUGCUGGGGAUGGCGGCUUGCUUGGCCAGGCCACUAGUUCUGGCCGCGUCAGUCGGCGGCCGACAUCCUUUCUGGGGCGGCGUCUCACAGACGAGGGCUUCAGCCUCUGUAGGGGCAUCUGUAUCCACAUCGCCUUCCUCCUGAAGACCCUGCUGAAAAUGGAGGAGUCGGUGCUGGUGCUACCCGCUUGGGGCCGCCUCUACCAUUGGCAGAGCCUGGACAUCCACAGGUCCGGAUUCCCUG